GGCAGAGAGAGGAACAUUUUUUUUUCACCCGAUCCCGCCAUAGUACCACUACUCCAACCACCAUCACCGUCGGAUUAAUCCAAGUUUAAAAAUAUUGAUACAGUGUGUGAUCAUUAACUGGGGUUGUUGCAGUGUCGAUUUCUUCGCUUCUAACUCUACGAUCUCAUUUAAUCACAGUACACUAUCAGCAACACAACUUUCUUCAUCUUCAUUUUCAGUUUUAAAUUUUAUUUUCGUUACGAUUGUUCACCGCAAUUUUCAACUGCUUUUUGGCUUGGGCAAGCACCCCAUUUUCAGUUUUGGUGCGUUUUAAAAAUAAGUUUUUUUUUUUUGUACUUCUUUUUUAUUUUAUUGCCGGACCUUCAUAGCGCUGUCAUUCUUCACCAUGAACAAGUUAUAUAUUGGAAAUCUAAGUGAAAAUGUGACUCCAGAAGACUUAGUAAAAGUCUUUGAAGAUUGUAAGAUUCCUUUCUCUGGGCAAUUUCUAUUGAAAACUGGCUAUGCGUUUGUUGACUGUCCGGAUGACCAAUGGGCUAUGAAAGCUAUUGAAACAUUUUCUGGUAAAGUGGAACUGCAUGGCAAACGUAUUGAAGUCGAACAUUCUGUCCCCAAGAAGCAAAGGACCAGGAAAGUCCAGAUUCGAAACAUUCCACCGCACUUGCAGUGGGAGGUACUUGAUGGUCUGCUGGCUCAGUUUGGAACUGUGGAAAACUGUGAACAAGUGAACACAGACAGUGAAACGGCAGUGGUGAAUGUUACAUAUGGAACACGAGAACAGGCUCGACAAGCCAUCCAGAAGCUGAAUGGUCACCAGUUUGAGAACAAUGCCUUGCGCGUUUCCUACAUCCCAGAUGAGACGUCCACUUCUGAAGGAAGCCAGGGGCCUGACAAUGGGCGCCGCUCAGGAUAUGGGGCUCGCGGUGGCCCCAGGCAGGGCUCGCCCAACUCUGGGGGACCCCCAAAGCACCAGCACACUGACAUCCCCUUGCGCCUCCUGGUGCCCACUCAGUACGUGGGAGCCAUCAUUGGCAAGGAAGGGGCCACCAUUCGCAAUAUCACCAAGCAGACCCAGAGCAAGAUUGACGUCCACCGUAAGGAGAACACAGGUGCUGCUGAGAAGCCCAUCAGCAUCCACUCUACCCCUGAGGGCUGCUCGGCCGCCUGCCGCAUGAUCCUGGAGAUCAUGCACCAGGAAGCUAAGGACACUAAGACGGCUGAGGAGGUGCCCUUGAAGAUACUGGCUCACAACAACUUUGUGGGGCGACUGAUUGGGAAGGAAGGGCGCAAUCUGAAGAAGGUGGAGCAGGACACGGACACAAAGAUCACCAUCUCCCCGUUGCAGGACCUGACCUUGUAUAACCCAGAGAGAACUAUUACAGUAAAGGGGCCCAUUGAGGCCUGCUGCCUUGCAGAGCAAGAGAUCAUGAAGAAAGUGCGCGAGGCAUAUGAUAACGAUGUCGCCGCCAUGAACCAACAGACUCAUCUGAUCCCAGGGCUCAACCUCGGUGCACUGGGGCUGUUCCCACCCUCCUCCUCCCUGCCCCCACCACCCCUUGGCAAUUCUGCUGCUGGUGCCCCCUAUGGAUCAUUUGGAGCUCCAGAACAGGAGACAGUCCACGUGUACAUCCCUGCCCAGGCUGUGGGUGCCAUCAUCGGCAAGAAGGGCCAACACAUCAAACAACUGAGCCGCUUUGCUGGGGCCUCGAUCAAGAUUGCUCCAGCUGAGGCUCCAGACUCCAAGAUGCGCAUGGUCAUCGUAACUGGUCCCCCUGAGGCUCAGUUCAAGGCCCAGGGUAGGAUCUACGGCAAGCUGAAGGAAGAGAACUUCUUUGGGCCCAAGGAGGAGGUGAAGCUGGAGACCCACAUCAAGGUGGCGGCCACAGCGGCUGGCCGCGUCAUUGGAAAGGGUGGAAAAACGGUAAACGAGCUGCAGAACCUGACUGCAGCAGAGGUGGUGGUCCCGCGCGAACAAACUCCCGAUGAGAAUGACCAGGUCAUUGUAAAGAUCAUCGGACACUUCUAUGCAAGCCAGCUGGCACAGAGGAAGAUCAGGGACAUUCUGAUGCAGGUCAAGAUGCAGCAGCAAAAAGGCGGCUUGGGGGGACCCCAGGGGCCACACCAGCUGCCCCCCGCCGAGCCUGGCAACUCUCAAGGACUGGCACAGGGACCCCAGCCUGCCCGCAGGAAGUGAAGGGGGGGCGGCACUUUUUCUGGACCACCGUCACUGAGUGGAGAGACAGACAGACAGACAGACAGCGACCCGAGUAGGGAGGGGGUGCUUGUGAGAUGGGGAAUGAGAAAUUGAGAGUGAGAAACAUAAAAAGAAAAAAAAAACGGAGAACAUAGAAUUGAAAACGGAGACCAGAUGCCAGGUCAGCGAGUGACCAGAAAUGGAGUGAGACGUAGGGAUAGCUUCUACAGGGCAGACGGGAAGACUCGUGCUCCUGGGCAGAAGAGUGUCCCCUGUUUGUGUGCUUCA